CAAACCAGAGCCUGUUGUAAAGAUGGCGUCUAUCAUGGAGGGGCCGCUCAGCAAGUGGACUAAUGUCAUGAAAGGUUGGCAGUAUCGCUGGUUUGUCCUGGACUACAAUGCCGGCUUGCUGUCGUAUUACACGUCAAAGGACAAGAUGAUGCGAGGCUCCCGGAGAGGCUGUGUUCGGCUCAAGGGGGCUGUGAUCGGCAUUGAUGACGAGGAUGACAGCACCUUCACCAUCACCGUGGACCAGAAGACUUUCCACUUCCAAGCCCGAGAUGCAGACGAGCGGGAGAAGUGGAUCCACGCCUUAGAGGGAACCAUCCUCCGCCACACCCUCCAGCUGCAGGAGGCAGAAGCAGGAUUUGUUCCCAGUGUUCAAGACUUUGACAAGAAGUUAUCUGAAGCUGACGCCUACCUUCAGAUCCUGAUUGACCAGUUAAAGCUGUUUGAUGAGAAGAUCAAGGACUCCACAGACGAGGAAUCGCUGGCAAAAAUAGAAAAUUUGAAAGAGACGACUUGUAGUAUGGUAGAGUCCAUUAAACACUGCAUUGUACUGCUGCAAAUAGCCAAGGACCGAAGUAACGAACAGCAACACGCAAACGGACUUAUAAGCACCAUCAACCCAGUGGAUGGGAUCUACCAGCCCCCCCUGGAGAUUCCUGUAGUUAACACCGCCAUGCCAACGCAGGCCGCCCUCCCCACAGACGAUUCUCAGGUGUGUAAAUCCGACCAACGGCCCUCCACGCUACCCGUCGGUCCCAUCGUCACGGUGAUGGGCAGUUUACAGACCUCCACCCCCAACAGCACAGGGAGCGGGCCGUCCGGCACCAGCAGCGGCGUUGCCUCCCCGGCUCACAUCCCUCUGCCCUCCCGGUCCGUGCCAGACUUCUCCUACUCCUCCAGCGAGGACGAGUUUUACGAUGCCGACGAGUUUUACCAGAGCACCACUUCACCCAAACACUGCAGAGAUCCCUCCAAGCCUCCUGGAGCCUCGCCUGGUGCUAGCCAAGAAUCAACGUUGAAACGGCCCAACACAACCGAGUCCCUGAACUCAUCGAUGUCCAAUGGCACCACCGACGCAGAUCAGUUUGACAGCCAUGAUGACCGCGAUGACGACGGGGAGGGCGAGUCUGUGGAAGAGCACAAGAGCGUCAUCAUGCAUCUGCUCUCACAAGUUCGUCUGGGCAUGGACCUCACAAAGGUGGUCCUGCCCACCUUCAUCCUCGAGAGGAGAUCUCUGCUAGAAAUGUACGCAGACUUCUUUGCACAUCCGGACUUGUUUGUAAGCAUCGCCGAGCAGCCAGAGCCCAGAGAGCGGAUGGUUCAGGUGGUCAAAUGGUACCUUUCGGCGUUCCACGCCGGCCGGAAAGGCUCAGUGGCCAAGAAGCCCUACAACCCCAUUCUGGGGGAAGUCUUCUACUGCCACUGGGAUCUGCCCAGUGGGGCAGAGGAGCCCGCUCAGCACACGGAGACCGUAUCAGACGGCCCAGUUCCCUGGGCUUCCACCAACAGUGUGUGUUUUGUGGCUGAACAGGUGUCUCACCACCCCCCCAUUUCUGCAUUCUACGCAGAGUGUUUAAACAGGAAGAUCCAGUUCAACGCUCACAUCUGGACCAAGUCUAAGUUUCUUGGCAUGUCGAUUGGAGUCCACAACAUUGGUCAAGGUUGCGUGUCCUGUUUGGAGCACGAUGAACAUUACAUCCUCACCUUCCCUAACGGAUACGGCAGGUCCAUCCUCACGGUGCCGUGGGUGGAGCUGGGCGGGGAGUGCAACAUCUCCUGCUCCAAGUCGGGCUACAGCGCCAACAUCGUCUUCCACACCAAACCCUUCUAUGGUGGGAAGAAGCACAGGAUCACCGCUGACAUAUUUGCUCCAAACGACAAGAAGUCUUUCUGCUCCAUUGAGGGAGAAUGGAAUGGAGUGAUGUACGCCAAAUGGGCCACUGGAGAAAACACGGCAUUCAUAGACACAAAGAAGAUCGGGACCGUUAAGAAGAAAGUAAGGAAGCUGGAGGACCAGCUGGACUUUGAAUCCCGGAGACUGUGGAGAGACGUGACGGUGAACCUGAAGCUGAAGGACAUCGAUGCAGCGACAGACGCCAAACACAGACUGGAGGAGAAACAAAGAGCUGAAGCCAGAGAGAGGAAGGAGAAGGAGCAGCAGUGGGAGACCAGGCUGUUCCAUGAAGACGGGGAGUGCUGGGUCUACGAUGAGCCCCUCCUAAAGAGACUCCCCAGUCAGAGGCCCUGAGAGGAUCCCAGGAGGCCCCCACACAUAUGCAUACAGAAAUGCACACACUAGAGUCUUCAUAAGAACUCUUUUGCAAACCCCCCCUCCCUGGAUUUACUGACGAUUGGUCGUUUUUCCUGCUUUGCUAUUGACUGUCAAACAAUAUGGGAAUGAAUGAAAGCAUCACCGAUGUAAGAAAAAUGUUAGCAAAGCUCCUCCUCUUAUUCAAGCUGUCUUGUGGCCACCUUUCCUGGUCAACCGGAGAUUUGGCUUUAAAAAAAAAAAAAGAAAUGUCCGCAUUGACACGCCCCCCCCGGAUUUGACUGUCUGCUUUACAGCCUUUUUCGCUCAGGAGGGCUGUGGUGAUUCAUCCAAACAGAAACGAGCUCUACAUCUCAGGGAAUCUGGCGACUGAAGAGAGAAAAGAAAGAAAGAAGGAAAGAAAGAAAGCUGCUUCUCCCUGCCAGAGUCUGAUGGCCUUACAAUGGGGGGGCCGAUGAAUCCUAAAGGGGCGGGAAAGAAGUUUUUGCCUGCAAUGAGUUAUAACUGAUGUUUAUAUAUAUAUAAAUAUACAUAUGAUGGAAAUAUAAAUAUAUAUUCUUUCUUAUUUUCGAUGCUUUUUUUCCUCUCUUUCUGGCAAUAGUAUAAAAUACUCGUCUUUAGGAAUCAUUCCACUCAGCCUUUUUUUUUCUUUUAUUGUGGAAGUUUUGUUCCCAUUCCAGACUCUGUCGCCUUCCUGGCAUUAUUUUGUGUUCCGAGUUUUCCUGACGGAAGGACCGACUUGAGCGGCGGCAUCAAAAGGCGUCUCCUGAUGGGACGGAUUCCAGUCAGAGAAGCGGAUCAGAUUACGGUUGUUUAAACCAAAGAAGGCUGCAAGCAAAGGGACUUUAAUCUGCACAUGUUAUCUAAAGGCAUUUCUGAACAAAAAGAUUGAUGUUUUCCUGCUCGGUGGGUCUUGGAAAGCCUCCCUUUUGUUUCCACUUCACUCCUUCAUGUUUCUGGUGGGACCUGAAGUAACCCUUUCAGUUCACUGUCAUGGCGCCAGGAGUUCGCCAGACUGCGUUCUGCUGGUUCAGUCCGAUCACUAAAGCAUUUUUUUGUUUCUUUUUUCCAUUUUAAUUGAAUGUUUUUGAGGUUAGGAGUCGCUUAGGUCGUGUUUUUUGCAAAGCGUUAUUUCAUUUCUUAUACAAAGCCACAGAAAGGAUUGAAAUGCAAAUAAAUGUGAACUAUGGAGAAAUAAAAAUGGAGAAAGCAGCUCACCUGAAUAUGAGUACAAAGUGAUCGCUCCUGGUGUUUCUGUUUACAGUUUGAACGUCGUUUAAUUGGCCUUUAUGAAAAGAGGUGUGAUUGAAUCAGGUGAAGGGGCUUCUAAACGUGUAUUGGAUGCAGUGAUCGCAGCAAAGUGAGUUUAGUUCAAUAAACAAAUAAAAAUGCCUUCAGAAAUGAGCCAACUGAGAUAAGUUCUCACAAAAAUCUAAGCUGUCAGGUUUUUUUCCAUUCAUGUUCUGUCUUUACGUUACUAUUUGAAUAGAGGCCUUGCCAUUCUUCUCAGUAUUGCCUAAUAGAGAGCAAUCCAAACAAAUGUAUUUUUUAAAUUUCCUUCUGGUUAUAAGCCUUGAUUGUAUCAACUCUCCUGUUUAAUGAUUAAUAAUAUUAAAUCUCUAUGAGUUGAUUUCA